AUGGCGAGAUCUGCAGAGAACCUACCCUGGAUUGAAAAGUACAGACCUGAAACACUUGAUGAUGUUUAUGGGCAGACUGAGAUUGUGGAAACCGUUCGUAAGUUUGUAAAGGAGGGAAGGUUACCACAUCUUCUGUUCUACGGACCACCAGGUACCGGUAAAACAUCGACUAUAGUUGCCUUAGCAAGAGAGAUCUACGGUAAAAACUAUCGAAAUAUGGUACUGGAGCUCAAUGCUUCCGAUGAUAGGGGUAUUGAUGUGGUGAGGAACCAGAUCAAGGAAUUUGCGUCCACGAGACAGAUUUUCUCGAAAGGAUUCAAGUUGAUUAUCUUGGAUGAAGCUGAUUCUAUGACAAAUGCAGCUCAGAAUGCGUUAAGAAGAAUCAUUGAAAAAUACACGAAGAAUACUAGAUUUUGCAUUCUUGCAAAUUAUGCGCAUAAACUAACACCGGCUCUUUUGAGUAGAUGUACGCGCUUUAGAUUUCAACCGCUACCGGCAGCAGCGAUCGAGAAACGUGUGACCAAUGUUCUAAUCAAAGAGGGCUUGAAAUUGAGCCCAGAGGCUUUAAAAGCUCUAUUGAAACUUUCUAAGGGUGAUAUGAGGAGAGCUUUGAAUGUUCUUCAAGCAAGCAAGGCCACCCUCGAUGAUCCAUCAGAAGAGGUUACCGAAAAUACUAUCUAUGAAUGUAUUGGAGCUCCACAUCCUCAGGAGAUUGAGACCGCUCUCGAGUCUAUGCUUAAGGAUGACUGGGGUACGGCAUUCUACACCGUCAACAAAAUUAGAACAUCUAAAGGGCUUGCUUUAAUUGAUAUGAUAGAGGGCAUGAUAGAGGUUCUUGAAGAUUAUGAAUUAAAGCCAGAGACAAGAACACAGCUGCUGUGUAAGCUAGCAGAUGUUGAAUAUGCGAUUUCAAAGGGAGGAAAUGACAAAAUACAGAAUAGUGCGGUCAUCGGAGUCAUUAAAACUAGCUUUGAACUUGAAGGGUAA